UUCUUUUAAAGUUUUAUUAAGAUGUUGUUAACACGGACAUAUUUAGCAGUGGAUCUCAUAGAGAGCUACUAGAGCUCGAGAAAAGUAGACCCCUGUCUUUAUUAGACCUCUUUUUUUUUUAGCAAUAUAAUAAGAAAUCAAUAAAGUAUUUCACUCUCACUAAAUUCCAUAUAAUAUCACACAGACCCUCUUAUAAAUUUCAUAUCACUAACUCGAAUAUAUCCUCAUAAGUCUUACUAUACUACUACACCCUCUACUCAAACUAAGCUAGACUCUACUUACUUCUGCUCUGUUUUUCUUUAUUUGUGUAAGAUAUAUAUUGCAGAGCUUGGAGAGCAAAAAUGGUGGCCAAGAAACCAAGAAUCGUGAUUAUUGGAGCGGGAAUGGCGGGUCUGACGGCGGCAAACAAGCUGUAUACGACGGUUGGGUUCAAGGACUCGUUCGAGCUCACCGUUGUGGAAGGUGGUUCGAGAAUCGGUGGCCGGAUCAACACGUCGGAGUUCGGCGGCGACCGGAUUGAGAUGGGGGCCACGUGGAUCCACGGCAUUGGGGGAAGCCCGGUUCACAAAAUAGCCCAGGAAAUCCGAGCACUGGAGUCGGAGAAGCCGUGGGAGUGCAUGGAUAGCUCGUCGGAAGACCCGACCCGGUUCACGACCGUAGCCGAAGGUGGGUUCGAGCUGGACGGAACGGCGGUGGUCGACUCGGUCUCGACUCUGUUUAAGAAGCUGAUGGAUUAUGCUCAGGGGAAGCUGGUCGAAGAAGAUGAUAGUACGAGUGACUCCUCCUACUACUGCCAGAUAGCGGAUAAAGCUUUCAAGACAUGUAUGGAAGCCAAUGGCGGAGUUGGAAGUGUCAGUGUUGGUUCUUAUCUAAGACAAGGCCUCAAGUUAUAUUGGGCUUCGAAGGGACAAGAAGAUGGAGGGUAUGGGAAUUGGACCAGAAAGCUGCUUGAAGAUGGAGUUUUCAGGGUGUUUGAGAAUAUCCAGAGGACUUACACAUCAGCUGAUGAUCUUUUGACUCUGGAUUACGCUGCAGAGAGCGAGUACCGUAUGUGUUCAGGAGAAGAAAUCACCAUAGCAAAAGGGUAUUUGACCAUAAUUGAGUCUCUGGCUUCUGUUCUUCCACCUGGUUUGGUUCAACUUGGCCGAAAGGUGAGACAAAUCGAGUGGCAGCCGGAGACUGCUAGAGAAAAAUCAGAUAUGGCAAAUGGUUAUGGUACUAGCUCUACGCCUGUGAAGCUUCACUUUUGUGAUGGGACGACUAUGGUGGCUGACCAUGUUAUUGUUACAGUUUCAUUGGGCGUGCUUAAAGCUGGAGUACAGGGUGAUUCAGGUAUGUUUAAUCCUCCUUUGCCUUGUUUCAAGACUCAGGCAAUAUCGAGGCUUGGUUUUGGGGUUGUUAACAAGCUGUUCCUCCAACUGAGCCAAAACCAUGAUCGAAAAUGCCAAGAUUUUCAAAAAUUUCCAUUUCUCCAAAUGGUUUUCCGUCGUGGGGACUCUGAACUUAGGGAAGAAAAGGUACCUUGGUGGAUGAGGAAGACUGCAUCUAUGUUUCCAAUCUAUGAAAAUUCCAACGUCCUGCUUUCCUGGUUUGCUGGAAAAGAGGCUCUCGAGCUAGAAUCAUUAAAAGAUGAGCAGAUCAUAAGUGGGGUUUCAUCAACGAUUUCUAGUUUUUUGCCUAAACCAUUUCACAAGAAGGGAAAUCCAACUUCUCCUGAAUUAUUAUCUAGUGGGAAUGUGAGUUCUUUGGACAAGUUUGGAGUGAAAGUUACGAAGGUUUUGAAGACUCGUUGGGGGAUUGAUCCUCUGUUUAUGGGGUCUUACAGUUAUGUUGCAGUUGGAUCAAGCGGAGACGAUUUGGACAGAAUGGCUGAGCCAUUGCCAUGCAUCAGUAGUCAAGAGUCAACUGAUUCCCCUCCACUUCAGCUUUUGUUUGCAGGGGAAGCAACUCACAGAACCCACUACUCCACCACUCACGGUGCCUACUUCAGUGGUCUUAGAGAAGCUAAUAGGAUUCUCCAACAUUAUCACUGUGCUGGGGUUUAGAGAAUUUAGCUUUUUUUUUUUUUUUUUUUGGUUGGGGGGACAUUUAUUUCUAUGAUAUUAUUCUCAUUUCCAUUAACAAUUUCUAUGUCUCUCUCUCUGUGAAACUGGUACGAUUGAGGAGGGGAAAAAAAAGAAGAAAAACUAGGAUUUAUGAGACAGAAAUUUGGGACGUUUUCUAGAUGUACUGCAUGAACUAAAACAAGUUCCUUUUUUAAUA